CACCACAAGGAAACGAAAUACCAACAAGAAAACACAGUAACACACACUGCCGUUUCCGAAUGGCCACGGCCGUCCUCCGCCGCCCACUCCUCGCCGCGCUACUCCCGGCCGGCGCCGGGGAGUCCGGGCCCUCCCGGCUCCGUCUCCGGAGACGCAUGUCCCCGCCUCCUGCGCGCGCGGUGUCUUCCGACUCCCCCAAGCCCGUCGCAUCCACUUCCUCUCCCGCUGGCGGCGACAGCCCCGAGGAGGAGCCGCCGGUCCUGCCGCUCCUCCAGGAGCUCGCGGAUUGCUUGGUUCUUCCGCCCAAGUUCCUCGCUCAGCUCCCGCGCGACCUUCGUCUUGACCUCAAUGAUGCCGCUUUUGAUCUCUCCAAUGGGCCAGUUCUCGAUGAGUGUGGCCAAGAAGUGGGUGAUCUGCUCCUGAACCUGGCGAAAGCAUGGGAGUUGGCUGAUACGUCAGCAUCGAAUAGCAUCGCCAAGCAGCUGCCAUCGAUGGAGCCCUACUUGACGCACAGCGCCAAACCAGCAUUUGGCAAGCGGCUGGUGUCAGCUGGAAGGAGGUUUCAGUCAAUGGGGCAGUAUGGUCAGGGAGAACUCAAGAAGAUUGCUGAAACAAUGAUCAAGAAUGGUAAGCUACUUUGGACACGCCCAGUGGUUCAAUCUGAUGUUCAGGCUAUGAAAGAAAAAAGGAGACUUAAGUUUGGAGAACUGGAGUUCGAAGUGACUGCUGAAAGUGCCAAUAUCGGUGCUGCAGUAGCGGCAAUUUUUGGAUUCAUCUCAUGGCAACUAGCACAAGGUGUGCAAAAUGUUCCUGACAGUACAAUGCAAUACGCAAAUGACAAUGCAUUGCAGCUGGCCAAGUCGCUCAAGACCGCACUGCUUGUUCUUGGCUACACAUCUACCGGCCUAUCCUUAUUCACGGCUUUUGGGCUGCUGUUGCUAGCCCAGCGGAUUAACUCUGAGAACAAAUCGGAGUAACUGACAGAGACUUGCUGAAGUUGUGGACCUCAUGCCAUGCCUUUCUAUGCUCCAAUAAGGCAAACGUUCAUAGCGAACUGCUGUAAUGCUAUACUUUUGACACUGGAACCAUGCGUGUAUCAGUGUAUGCAAUGUUCUGUACAAAAACAAAGAGCCAAUUGUCUGUGAUUACGAAUAAUCGGUGAAGAUGCUGAAGCAAACAUGGAAGUCGUCAGCUUGGGACUGACUGAAGAACAAAUUGUUAAUGAACACAACAGGUCAACAGGGAACUGCUUAUACUCAAAAUUGUGCUUUCAGAAUGUGGUACUGCUGUUACUCAAAACUGUAAAUUUUUGUUUUUUACCAUCAUCGUUAAUUAUAAUGAAUGAGUAAGCAUGAUAUGUUCUGCAUA